AUGCUUCUAGUUAAAUUCCACACAUCUAUUAAUGUCAAGGCAACCCAAAGAGCCCUCCUGAUGACAGGGGCCAUUCUGAUAAGUCUGGGCCUGGCUGAUGUCAAGGUCCUGGCAGAGUCCAAGGGCCUGGCUAAUGACAAGGGCCUUGCUGAGUCCAAAAGCCUGGUUAAGUCCAAGGGCCUGGCUGAGUCAAAUGGCCUGGCUGAGUCAAAGAGCCUGGCUGAGUCCAUGGGCAUGGCCAAGUGCAAUGGCCUGGCUAAUGACAAGGGCCUGGCUGAGUGCAAGAGCCUGGCUGAGUGUAAGGGCCUGGCUAAGUCCCAAAGCCUGGCUGAGUCCAAGAGCCUGGCUGAGUCAAAGGGCCUGGCUGAUGUCAAGGACCUGGCGGAGUCCAAGGGCCUGGCUGAUGUCAAGGGCCUGGCUGAGUCCAAGGGCCUGGCUAAUGACAAGGGCCUUGCUGAGUCCAAGGGCCUGGCUGAUGACAAGGACCUGGCUAAUGACAAGGGCCUUGCUGAUGACAAGUGCCUGGCUGAGUCCAAGAGCCUGGCUGAUGACAAAGGCCUGGCUAAGUUCAAGAGCCUGGCUGAGUCCAAGAGCAUGGCUGAGUCCAAGAGCCUGGCUGAGUCGAAGGACCUGGCUGAGUCCAAAGGCCUGGCUGAGUCCAAGGGCCUGGCAGAUGUCAAGGGCCUGGCUGAAUCCAAGAGCCUGGCUGAGUCCAAGGGCCUGGUUGAGUACAGGGGCCUGGCUGAUGACAAAGGCCUGGCUGAGUGCAAGAGCCUGGCUGAGUCCAAGGGCCUGGUUGAGUCAAAGGGCCUGGUUGAGUCCAAGAGCCUGGCUGAGCCCAAGAGCCUGGCUCAGUGCAAGGGCCUGGAUCAGUGCAAGGGUCUGGCUAAUGUCAAGGGCCUGGCUGAGUGCAAGAGCCUGGCUGAGUCCAAGAGCCCGGCUGAUGACAAAGGCCUGGCUGAGUCCAAGAGCCUGGCUGAGUCCAAGAGCCUGGCUGAGUCCAAGGGCCUGGCUGAGUCCAAGGGUCUGGCUGAUGGCAAGGGCCUGGCUGAGUCCAAGGGUCUGGCUGAUGGCAAGGGCCUGGCUGAGUCCAAGAGCCUGGCUGAUGACAAAGGCUAG